CCGACGGUCCUUGAAGGCAGCACCGGGUUCGGGCUACACCUCAACCGGUCGAAAGAUGCUAAAGCUAAACACGUUGUUUUUGUGCUUGUGUGAAGAACAACACACGUUGAAAAACGGUGUCUAACGUAUCGGACUCACAAUGAGUGAAGAAGCCAAGAUACGGACGUGUCAGCUCCUGGAUCUGCCCUGGGAAGAUGUCGUGGUCCCCCACAUCUUGUGCCACUUGCCCCUGCAGCAUGUGGUGAGUCUGCAGAGGGUGAGCAAGCAGUUCCACAGCCUCGUCCAGGUCUACCUGGCCAACUGCAGGACAUUUGAUCCGUCCCCGAUUGGACAAAGCAUUCCCAAGGAAUCGUUUUGCUCAAUGUUAAAGGACAGCAAAAUUCUCCAGAGGCUGUCGCUUCAGAACUGCUCAGACUGGGUGACGGACCAGGAGCUGCUGCCGGUCAUCGGCCAGAACCAGCAUCUGCAUCGAGUGGAAAUGGGCGGGUGCGUUUGGCUCACCCGCCACUCCCUGGUGGCCGUGUCGCUGAGCUGCGCGCACCUCCAGCACCUCGGCCUGGCGCACUGCGAGUGGGUGGAUAGCCUGUCCCUGCGCAGCCUGGCCGACCACUGCGGGGGGCUGCAGUCGAUCGACAUCACCGCCUGCCGCCAGCUCAAGGACGACGCCAUCUGCUACCUGGCCAAGAAGUGCUUGAAGUUGAGGUCUCUAUCUUUGGCAGUCAACGCCAACGUCACUGACGAGUCGGUGGAGGAGGUGGCCAAGAACUGCAGGGGUCUGGAGCAGCUGGACCUGACGGGUUGCCUGAGGGUCAGAAACGAGUCCAUCAGGACCGUUGCGGAGUAUUGCCCAAAGCUACAGUCCCUGAAGGUGAAUCACUGCCACAAUGUGACAGAGUCGAGCCUCGAUCCUCUACGGAAGCGCAACGUUGUGAUAGAUGUGGAGCCACCAUUACAGAGGGCUCUGGUGCUUCUUCAGGACGUGCUGGGGUUCGCUCCUUUUAUCAAUCUCCAGAUAUAACCAAAGGGUCAUGAAUCUGCACGACGCAGGUGUCUUCAUAUCAGCAGUCACAGGCUCAUGAGCUGCUGUGAGACAAUCCUAUAAAACCCUGAAUGUGUUGCACUCAAGUUUGAAUGUGAUCGGAGAUACGUAUUCAAGAUGGUACUGAAAAUGCUUAAAUGACUGAAGAAAGCCAUGUACAUUUUAAAGAAUUGCUGCCUCAUGUCCAAAAUAUGUCACUGCACUUUUUUGGGGUGUUGUUAUAAUCUUGGUUUUUAGAAAAAAAAAAGCAAUUCUAACCAAAGUACAGUGAGUGUGUUGUAUUGUUUGUACCUUGUGUACAUGAUAUUGUGAGAAAAAAAAGAAGAAGCCGUAAUCCUUAUGUUUCAUUUAGAAACAUUUAAAACAUGUUUGAGUUGAAUUAAACGUCUCAUUUUGCAUGUUAAGUGUCCAUUUAAAGGAACCGUUCACCCAAUGUUUCCUGCCAAGCUUUUUUCCCACUUACCACCAGCUCUGUCUAGCCUUUUGUUUUAUUCGUCCAGGUUUUUUUUAUUAUCUCCUUUUCUGAGACCUCUGCCUGCCGUCACGACACAGUGAAGGUGCUUUGUUUGUUGUGUAGAUCAUGUGUCUUCCAGAAAGAAUGUCUCCUCAGGAUCAUCAACAGACCUCAUUGUUUACAGUGCUUAAAUGUUUCCUGAUGAAAACUGUUUUAAGCAACAGUUCUAGCACUUCAAUCAAGUCUUAAUGGCUAAAUGAUGCUGGGGUAACUGGGAAUGUGCUGUUUUGUUUUGUGUGAUGCAACCCCUUUAAUCUACAUUAGUAACCUGAAUGGCACUCUGUUGAGAGAGGAUCUCCACCAAGGCCCAACAGUCCCCUAAUGAAACCACAAUUAAAUUCACUAGAUCCAGAUUCUUAUUUGCGUCUGCACCAAAUUGCAAACACUCAUAAAUAUCAAUCCCCUUAACAUGCCUCUUUUAUCAAUAUCAAUGAAUUAUUCUAGGAGAAAUCCACGAAAAUGUAGAGAAAUGUUAUAGAAAGUAAAAAAAAAAAAUGGAUCCACCAAAAUCCUCCUCCUUACAUCAUGCCCUACCCCUCCAAAAAAUGUCAUGGAAGUCAGUAAAGUAGUUUUUGCAUAAUCCUGCCAACAAAGAAUCGAACAGACAAACGGAUGGAAACAUCCUUGACGGAGGUAAUAAAUGCAUAGAACAUGUUUGAAAUAAGUAUAGGAAUUUAUUAUGACUGUUUUCCUUUAAGCCUUUGAAAUGACUUUUGUACAAAGCAACUGUGUUGAAAUGUUUCCCUGUAACAAAAUGUAUGAUUUAUACAAACAAAUAUUAAAUUAUAAAAUACAACACCA